AAAAAAUGUCAGCCAACAGGGAGAGUAGCUUAGUUCAAUCUUAUAUUGAAUUAAAUAAAUUUUGUCAAAGUGGCGACUAUGAUAGAGCUUUAAAAGCAACUGGGAAGAUCUUACAAAUAGCUCCAAAUGAACAAAAAGCAUUUCAUUGCAAAGUGGUAUGCCUUAUUCAACUCCUCAAUUUUAAGGAAGCCUUAGCUAUUCUAAAUAACCAAAAAAAUGCUGCACUUGCUGCUGAUUUGCAUUUUGAAAAGGCAUACACUCAGUAUCGCCUCAAUACACCUAAUGAUGCACUGCAGACUGUAGACAAUGCUCCUGAAUUGACUCCACCAUUGAAAGAACUGAGGGCUCAAAUUUUAUACCGCCUUGAGCAGUAUCAAGACUGCUACAACUUGUACCGAGAAGUAGUUAAAAACACUACUGAUGAAUAUGAAGAUGAAAGGAAAACCAAUAUGGCUGCUGUUGUGGCCAAUAUGGCUGCACUUAAUCCAUCAGCAGACCUGCCCCAAUUCAAUGCCAACACAUAUGAGCAAACAUACAACACUGGCAGCAUACUGGCCAUGAAAGGAAAGUACAAUGAAGCAUUACCUGUGCUGAAGAAAGCCGAGCAGGCAUGCUCGGAGAGUGUUAUUGAUGAUGGUGGCACCGAGGAGGAGGCUAAAGAGGAAGCUGGAAUAAUUAGAGUUCAACAAGCAUAUUGCCUCCAGCAAAUGGGCAAGGAAAAGGAAGCUGCAUCUAUCUACCAGAAUGUUUUGAAAGACAAACCGUCUGACCAAGCACUGGUCGCUAUUGCUAGUAAUAAUCUCGUUGUCAUCAACAGAGACACCAAUGUGUUCGAUUCUCGUAAGCGUAUGAAAGCGGCGACACAAGACGGGCUUGAACACAAACUUAAUUCUCGUCAACGGGCUGCUAUCACGUACAAUCAGGCGAUACUCGCAAUUUACUCCAACCAGCCGGAGUUCUGCAAACAGUGCUGCGUGAAGCUGGCGCGGUCGUUCGGACUGGAGGAGCGAGCGGCGCUGGUGGAGGCAGCCUCGCUGGCCAGGGACGGCCGGGCCGCCGCCGCCACCGCUUGUUUACUGCGCGUCGGCGGCCUCGCCCUCGCCGCCGUGCAGCUCGCGCUCGCGCAGGGUGAUCGUAAAGCGGCCGUGAAACUGCUGGACGAAAGUGAAUACAAAUACCGGCCAGGCGUCAUCGGAGUGCUGUGUACGCUGCUCAGUGCGGACGGCGAGUACAAGAGGGUUUCAGAGAUGUUCACCGAUGUUUACGAACAUUAUAAGAACGAUGAGCGGUUCGCAUCGCUGCGCGCAGUGUGGCGCGGCGCUGCAGCGGCGCAUGCGCGUGCCGGCGAGACGCGUGCGGGCGCUGCAGCGCUGGCAGCGCUGCGUGCAGCCGCGCCGGAAGACGCACGCAGUCUCGCGCGGCUCGUCAAGCUGCUGGCCGCGCACGAGCCCGACCGCGCGAGGCAACUGGCUAAGGAACUGCCGCGGCUCGACCGCCUAGAGACUAAAGUCGAUAUUGAUGCACUGGAAUCGUCUAAAUGGAUGAUGGGAGCGAAAGUUGUCAAGAAAACUGUGCAGAGCAAACAAGAGCAAUCGCCUGGGACGCCUGGAUCAGAGUUGGGCCAGAAAACGAAGGCCAAACGUAAACGCAAGACUAAACUUCCACCCAACGCGGACUUGUCAAAACCUCCGGAUCCAGAAAGAUGGCUGCCGAAGUACGAACGCACUGCGUACAGGAAGCGGCGCGGUGUGCGGCGUGACGUCAUCAAGGGAAGCCAGGGCAUGAGUACCACCGCCACCGACCAGUACGAUAUGAGCAAACAACAAGCAGCGUCGGCAGCAGCAGCGGCGGCCACGGCAGCGAAGAGCCCUCGUGUGGAAACCAAGCAGGCGGACAACGCCUGGCAACGCAAGCAACAGCAGAAGAAGAAGGGCAAGGGUCGCAAGUGGUAGAGAAA